GCAUGGUGCAGAUGCUUCUCCUGGUAGUAACAUCAAUGUGCUGCGCGUGUGGGACAUGAACAUCACAGGCGCAGGUGUGGUGGUGACGGUCGUUGACGAUGGCCUGGAGCGCAACCACCCUGACCUGCUGCAAAACUACAAUGCCGAGGCAAGUUUGGAUGUCAAUGGCAACGACGACGAUCCCAUGCCACACUACACCAAAAGUAACAUCAACAAACACGGCACACGCUGUGCCGGUGAGAUCGCAGCCGUGGCAGGCAACAAUAAGUAUGGGCAAAUGUAA